CCGUAUAUAGUGUGUAUGUGUGUGUGCGCGCUUCCCUGCGGUGGGGGUUGUAUUAGGAUCUGCCCCGAACCGACUGAUGCGCCAAGGAAAAAAUGGAAGUUCUACCCCUGUGCCUCUUAGCCGCCUUGUCUUGGAUUUUUGGCAGCGAUUUAGUGCGAGCAGAUUCCAUCAUCCACAUCGGUGCAAUUUUUGAAGAGAGUGCGGCGAAGGAUGACGAGGUUUUUCAGCUGGCCGUCUCCGACCUCAGUCUCAAUGACGACAUUUUACAAAGCGAGAAAAUAACCUAUUCCAUCAAAUUCGUCGAGGCGAACAAUCCCUUUCAGACAGUGCAGGAAGCAUGCGACCUGAUGACCCAAGGCAUCCUGGCCCUGGUGUCCUCCACCGGCUGUGCUUCAGCCAGCGCUCUCCAGUCGCUCACGGACACCAUGCACAUCCCGCAUAUCUUCGUGCAGCGCAGCAACGAGGGCUCUCCGCGCACCGCCUGCCAGCUCACGCGCAACCCCAGCCUCGAGGAGUACACGCUGCCCGCCAGGCCCCUGAUCCGGAUCGGCGACGUCAUGCUCAGACUGGUCAACGAACUGAGAUGGCAGAAGUUCAUCAUCUUCUAUGACAGCAACUACGAUAUUCGAGGGCUGCAAGGGUUCCUGGAUCAAGCUUCCCGCCAAGGGUUAGACGUGUCUCUGCAGAGAAUUGACCAGAACAUCAGUCGGAUCUUUGCUAGUCUCUUCACCACAAUGAAGACUGAGGAGCUGAACCGUUACCGGGACACCCUACGUCGGGCCAUCCUGCUGUUGAGCCCACGAGGAGCUCAGACCUUCAUAAACGAGGCAGUGGAAACAAACUUGGCCUCAAAGGACAGCCACUGGGUCUUUGUAAAUGAGGAAAUCAGUGACUCGGAGAUUCUGGAGCUCGUUCACAGCGCGCUGGGCCGUAUGACAGUGGUGAGGCAGACCUUCCCCACCUCCAAGGACCCAAACCGCAGGUGUAUGAGAAACAAUCAUCGGAUCUCCUCUCUGCUGUGCGACCCACAGGAAGGCUACCUGCAGACACUACAGAUAUCCAACCUUUACCUGUAUGAUAGUGUCCUGUUAUUGGCUGGAGCCUUCCACAGAAAACUAGAGGACCGGAAAUGGCACAGCAUGGCAAGUCUGAACUGCAUGAGGAAGUCCACCAAGUCCUGGAAUGGAGGAAGAUCCAUGCUGGACACUAUUCGGAACGGCCAAAUUACAGGUCUAACUGGAACCAUGGCUUUUGCUGAUGGAGUAUCUAACAUCAAUAUUAAUUUUGAGAUCCUUGGCACCAGUUACAGUGAAACAUUUGGAAAAGACGUUCGAAGGCUGGCUGUAUGGGAUCCAGUGAUGGGCUUGAAUGGGAGUCUCCAGGAGCGACGCUUGGAAAAUGACAUGCAAGGAGUUGUCCUGAAAGUGGUCACCAUUCUGGAGGAACCCUUUGUCAUGGUUGCUGAAAACAUCCUGGGACAACCAAAGCGCUACAAAGGGUUUUCCAUUGACGUCCUGGAUGCUCUCGCCAAAAAUCUUGGAUUUAAGUAUGAAAUCUAUCAAGCCACGGACCAUAAAUAUGGUAGUCAACUUCCUAAUGGCUCCUGGAAUGGAAUGAUUGGAGAACUCAUUAACAAGAAAGCAGACAUAGCAGUGUCAGCAAUAACCAUCACCCCUGAGAGAGAGAGUGUCGUGGACUUCAGCAAGCGCUAUAUGGAUUAUUCAAUUGGAAUCCUCCUGAAAAAGCCGGAAGAAAAAAUUAACAUCUUCUCAGUUUUUGCUCCCUUUGACCUUGCAGUGUGGGCCUGCAUUGCUGCUGCCAUCCCACUGGUGGGGGUCCUGAUCUUUGUGCUUAAUCGGGUGCAGCUGGUCCGAGCACAGACUCCAACCCACCCUCAGAGUCCUCCCUCCACCUCCAGCACUCUGCACACUGCCAUUUGGCUUGUCUAUGGAGCAUUUGUUCAGCAAGGUGGAGAUUCGCCAUUGAACUCAUUUGCCAUGCGGAUUGUGAUGGGCAGCUGGUGGCUCUUCACUCUCAUCGUGUGUUCUUCAUACACUGCCAAUCUGGCUGCAUUCCUGACCGUAUCCAGAAUGGAUAACUCCAUCCACUCCUUCCAAGACCUGGCGAAGCAGUCCGAUUUGUCCUAUGGCACAGUGAAGGACUCCUCGGUCUAUGAGUACUUUCAGGCAAAGGGCACCAAUCCAUUGGAGCAGGACAGUACUUACGCUGAACUCUGGAGGACUAUCAGUAAAAACAACGGAGCAGAAAACUGUGUGGCAAGUGCCCAUGAGGGCAUCGGAAAGAUAAAGUCAGGAACAUAUGCAUUCCUGUGGGAUAUGGCCGUGGUGGAAUACACAGCACUGACUGACGAUGACUGCUCCCUGACGGUGGUUGGGAACAGUGUAAGCAGCAAAGGAUAUGGGAUUGCACUCCAACAUGGAAGUCCCUACAGAGAUCUCUUCUCCCAGAGGAUUCUGGAGCUGCAAGACAGUGGGGAUUUGGAUGUGUUCAAGCAGAAAUGGUGGCCAAAGAUGGGUCGGUGUAAUCUGAAGAGUCUCUCCGGUGGGCUGCCGGACGGACAGGCCCUGAAGCUGCAGAGCUUUGCUGGUGUUUUCUGUAUCUUGGCUGCAGGACUUCUCCUAGCCUGCCUUGUGGCAGCUUUAGAAAUCUGGUGGAACAGCAAUCGAUGCCAUCAGCAAACUCCCAAGGAGGAUAAAGAAGUGAACCUGGAACAGGUGCACCAACGCAUGGACAGUCUCAUGGAUGAUGACAUGGCCCACAAGCAGAUCUCGGCUGCCUCCAUUGAGAUCUCGGCACUGGAAAUUGGCAGCAUGCAGACCAGCCAGGGCUUGGAGCCCAUUCGAGAUUACCAGAACACCCAAAUCUCAGUCAGCACUUUUUUACCAGAACAGUCUCACGCUACAAGUAGGAAGCUUUCCUCCCUUGCCAGCACCAACCUGUCUCUGCCUCUCAGCAGUUCGGCCACACUGCCGUCUAUACAGUGCAAGCAUCGAUCACCCAACGGAGGACUAUUCCGCCAAAGUCCAGUCAAAGCACCAAUCCCCAUGUCAUUCCAGUCUGUGUCAGGCCCUGGGGGGCUCCCUGAAGCUAUGGAACCCUCCCAUGGGACCUCCAUAUAACUUCAAACGCCGCAUGGCACCAUUUUUAAUAUAAACAUUUACAGAAAAAUCUAGCAUUUUCAUGUAAAUAAUUGUAAAUAAUUCAAGAAUGAAGUGGGGUAAAGUGUAUUUUGAAUAUUCUCAAUUUUUGAAGUCAGUAGAUCAUGUAUGAAUGGCUUUGUAAAUUUUGUUCUAUACAAAUAAAAAGCAGAUUACUUGUGAUGGUUA